UGCAGUUGUCAGACGCUCACUCGACUUGAGAGCGCUUAGGUCGUGCGCUUGACUUGGCGUCCGUCUGAAGUAUUUCAGUAGUUGCUGCUGCCAGCAUAGUAGCUUAAUUUCCUUUCCAAGACCAAUGGAGCCUUUGAUCGACGACGGCGGCGUGCAGAAAAAGGUGAUUCUUACAGGCAAAGGCCCAUUGGUACCCGAAAACUGUGUUGUCAUUCUACACUACAAUGCUUACAUCAGUGGAAAUGAAAGUGAGCCAUUCGACUCGACCUGGUUGCGGAACCAACCACAGCGGUGCAGUCUUGACGAGCUGACGAUUCCCGGUCUGGCAAUGGCAGUACGGAGCAUGCGUCGAGGGGAAGAAUGUCGUGUGGUAGUGUCGCCCAAAUACGGGUUCGGGGACAUGGGUUGCCAGCCUCGCAUCCCACCACGUGCCACUCUGGUCUACGAGUUAACACUGCUUAAUUUCAUUGAGGUUGAGUAUGAUGGUGACAUGGACUAUUUGGAGCAUGAAGACUACAGGCAGCUUUCCUUUGAUAUUGUGUAUGAGAUGUGCCGCCGCAAGCACCGAAACGGGAACCGCUUCUACGAGGCUGCUGACUAUGCAACUGCAGCUCGCUGCUAUGCAGAGGCCGCUAAAGCUCUGGAGUGGACGCAGACGACUAUGACCUGCAAGGAUGAGCUGCUGGCCAAGCUGUAUGCCAACCAGGCACAGUGCGCCCUGCGCAUGCGCAACGCAAAACUGGCAGUGGCCUGUGCACGCAGAGCCCUGCAGCGGAACCCCAACUAUGCCAAGGCACUUUACCGGUGUGCAGUGGGGCUGCGCAUACUCGGCGAGUUUGAGGAGGCAGCCGAGCUGCAGCGGCGAGCCUACGCGCUGGCCCCCGACUCGUCGGCCAUUGGCCGUGAGCUCUGUGUUCUCAACAAAAGCCUCUUCAACCGAAACCAGGAGAUCAGUCAGCUCUGUCGCAACAUGAUGCGUGCACUGGGGACCGAUGGCAGUGCCAGCGAGGAGCGCCAGGUGAGCAGGAUGCGUCAGCGCUUGGCCAUCGAGCGGUCUCUGGAGCCAGUUCCUCGUAUCCUGAUCCGCAAGGCGAUCGAGGCACUGGCUGUUGCACCGUCGGGCACUGAGUUGCCGUUUGUUGAAAGGCUUCAGCCCGGAGGAGCUGGAAUAUGUGGAGAUACUGUGUCGCCAGUUUGGUCUCCCGUGUUAUGAAUUCGAAGAUGGACUCAAGGCAUUUGCACCUUGAAGUAGUGCUCGUACUUGUUGAAAGCGUUAUAUAUAAUGUCAGUGGAAAUACUGAGUGAAUAAAAAGACGAAUUCACUUUAAUGUUAUCUGCUUCAGCCCUGUUAGGGUACAACAGAUGUGACAAAAAACGUGAAUUAGAACCUCAAAUGAGUUGUGUGUGAGAAUCUACUUUUUCUGCAAAGUAGUUUAACCCUGGUUCAUCGUUUCCAGCUGACGUAUGGCGACUGGAUUAGACAAUCAAAAAAAAAAAAGAAAUGUAAUGGUCGAGUCGUGAUGCAGCAAAAUGCGAAAGCAGAGGAUUGGUGUUAUGCUGAUCAAACCUAUUGCAUAUUUUGCCCAGCACCCCGGAGUAACUACUACAAACUUGUUCAUUGAUGAGGGUUGGUUAAUUAGUAUUGCUUUAACCUGAGAACUACUCAGUAAUCAUAUGUCACAUGUAGGCAUGUUUGAAUGACCUCUAACUGCUAUUUUCGGAAAUGAACAAAUUGUGUGCUUAUUUUUUUCCAACUGGUAAAGAAAGCCCGCAAUAUGUGACAAGUACCACAUGACUACGUUCCCACUUGCAAUUCUGUCGCUUGCUUUCCACUUCCACACUUUGGCAAUGGUACAGGACAAGUGCCAGCAACAUGCGUUGCAAGUUAACAAGCAUUCUUUCCAAAGGAGUUCUACAAUAUCGUACUAGAGGGAAAUCUGUUGCUUGCGUUUGUGGAAGCUGCAACUCGAGAAGGUUCAGCCAGCAUGGGAAAGAUAAGAGAGUAAAGAGAUCUGCCGAAGCUUCAAUCAUUUAAGCUCCAUUUGGCUUUUUCAGUUUCGAACCGGUGAUUAGUAAUUACAGUAUAAAUAAUUAUUUUUGUUGUAAUUAUUACGAUGUGUACAGUUAUUCAUUGCAUUUGCAGCUUAAAAAAAAAUGGUCACCUAGAAGUUCACUGUUAUUUUUAGGCUCGUUAGAAAUAGUCUGUGCACAUUUGACCUUGAAUGUACUAGUCAGGUCAGAUGUCCUACUAUGCAGCGUUUUAGCUUUAGUUCAAUUAUGUUUUCAUUUUUCGGUAGCUUUGGUAAGAGACUAUCGGUAAAAAGUAUUCUGUUUUAUGUUGAAAAAGUGCAUAUGUUGUGCACUGCUAAGGCUCGCACAAAGUUGAGCCUAAUGAUCAAAUAAUCAGGACGAUGUGUGAAUUGCUGACAUCUUUCUCGUUGACCCAGUCUUUUUUGCUGUACUCUUCCUUUUGUUAUAUUAUGCUAUAAAAAUAAAACUUGCUUAGUGACGAGCGUCUCAAGCUGU